GGUUGCGUGGUCUGAUAAACCUGGGCAACACAUGCUUUAUGAACUGCAUCGUCCAGGCUUUGACGCACACUCCGCUGCUGCGAGACUUCUUCCUGUCCGACCGACACAAAUGCGAGAUGCAGAGCAACUCCUGCUUGGUUUGUGAGAUGUCGCAACUGUUUCAGGAGUUCUACUCAGGCCACCGCUCGCCUCACAUCCCGUUCCGCCUCCUCCACCUGGUGUGGACGCACGCCCGCCACCUGGCCGGCUACGAGCAGCAGGACGCCCACGAGUUCCUCAUCGCAGCGCUGGACGUCCUGCACAGACACUGCAAAGACGACAACGGGAAGAAAGCCAACAACCCGAACCACUGUAACUGCAUCAUCGACCAAAUCUUCACAGGGGGCCUGCAGUCUGACGUCACCUGUCAAGUCUGCCAUGGUGUUUCAACAACCAUAGACCCGUUCUGGGACAUCAGCCUGGACCUCCCAGGCUCCUCCACACCAUUCUGGCCCCUCAGCCCCGGAGGAGACGGAUCAGCACUUAACGGAGAAAGUCACACCACUGGAGCCACGACGCUCACAGACUGUCUGCGCAGGUUCACCAGACCAGAGCACCUCGGCAGCAGCGCCAAGAUCAAGUGCAGCGGUUGCCAUAGUUACCAGGAGUCCACCAAGCAGCUGACCAUGAAGAAGCUGCCCAUCGUGGCCUGCUUUCACCUCAAAAGGUUUGAGCAUUCGGCCAAACUACGGCGGAAGAUCACUACUUAUGUCUCCUUUCCACUGGAGCUGGACAUGACUCCCUUCAUGGCCUCGAGUAAAGAAAGCCGGAUGAAUGGGCAGUACCAGCAGACUGUGGACCCCUUCAACAACGACAACAAGUACAGUUUGUUUGCAGUGGUGAACCACCAGGGGACACUAGAGAGCGGCCAUUACACCACCUUCAUCCGGCAGCACAAGGACCAGUGGUUCAAAUGUGACGACGCCAUCAUCACCAAGGCUAGCAUCAAGGAUGUGCUGGACAGUGAAGGGUACCUUUUGUUUUACCACAAACAGUUCCUGGAGUACGAAUAGCUCCCUCCCAUCAGUGUCAGCCUGCAGGAGGAGCCGAAGGAGGACGCGAGGAUUAGUUGCAUGGGAAAAGGUAACAGAGUGACGAGAGAGGCAAGGAAACAGAAACACAAGCCUACCUUAAUCCCUCAGAGUCGCAACUCCCACUCUAACAUG